UUUGAGCGACCCUUCGAAUAAUCGUGACUCCAGCAUUGCUUAGCAUUGCGUUGACACUCGUUAACUACAGUCUUCCUGAGACCUGACUGAGCCUCUCUCAAGUCUCAAGUCUCUCUCUCUCUCUCUCGCUCGCUCGCUUUCCCUCUCCUGUCGUUUUACCUUUCUCUCUCCCUCUUGAUUUCUAUUAAAUUUCCUCUCUCUUAAAGAGUCACCUUUUACGUCUUAAUAUUCUUGUAGUGUUUGGUGUUUUCGUGAAACCUUAUUUUUAUAGUUAUAUACUUAUUCUUCAAUUUUCUAAUGACAAAAAUUCGAGCAUUUAAUAUUUAGUGUUUAAUGAAUGAUUGCUUAAAUUGUAAUAACAAAUAAUUAACGAGUAAAACGUAUGUUCAUAAUGUAUCAAUAUGUGAAGACGGCUAAGUGAAAAACGCAGAGAUAAACAUAUCUAAAAUAUAAUUAAUUAUUUAACUGUGGCAUAUACGAACUGAGCACGGAAUCGAUUAAUGCAAUAUUUAUUAUAAAUUAUAAUAAAGCAAAUAAAGUAUAUGAGUUCAGUUAAGAUCUCAAAUAAAAUUGUCAGAAAUGGCGGCGCUGGUAGCUGGUGUUCAGUAUGGUCUUUCGUCUCACAGUAAUUUCCACGAAAACAAAUCACUUAUUUUUGUUAAACUUACGGAUUCUGCACAACGUGCCAUCGAAGAUUACUUGCGAAAUCGAGUAAGAAAAUACACUACAAUAAAUAACUUUAGUUGUAAACACAUACAGCAUUUACAUAUGUUCUUUGUUUUGUGUACAAAAUUUUAUAUUGUGAUUUGUCAAUAUCAGCUGUGCUUUAGUUUUUGUGAGGGCAAAAUAAACCAAAAUCCAACCAUACAGUUCCUAGGAAAUGAAGGGAAAUUGUCCUUUCCGUCCACCAAAUCCAGUCAUGGAAACUUUACUUUCAGCCUCUCAAGUAAUCAAGAUAUUGAAGGUCCUCAAGGAGGUUUUGAAUGCGUACAGCAAACAGGACCAAAAAACUUACAAAGUCUGGGAACACUGCCUUGUAAAAUGAGAAUUCAAGCAAAUGAUGACGUUUACGAAACUACUAGACAUCGCAUGCAUGUUGCUGAAGAGAAUAACAAAAACAAAUGUACAAGAGUUAUUAAAGCAAAUGAACCAAUCGGUAGAAAAGUAAAGGUCAAAGGAUCAGUACGAGCAGUACCACCCUCAUCUAAUACAACUUUAGGUAUCAUGCCAAAACAUCGAGAACCAUCUGUUCUGACUACAAGUAAUCAGACUUUCAAAUCGACACCCUCCCAAAAAACGGUAUUAAACCAUUUACCGGCUCAUAGAUCGCCAACCGAAACUCAAAAAAAGCUUACCGACGUCAUGCGCAGGCCACUUAAAGAGCGUCUUAUUCAUCUUCUUGCCUUAAGGCCCUUUAAAAGACCAGAACUUUAUGAUCGCAUCACUAGAGGUAUACGAGAAAAAGAAAAAAAUGUUAUAGCUACCGUAUUGAAGCAAAUUGCUUUUAUGCGGGAUAAUACAUAUCAUCUACAUAGGUGCGUGUGGAAUGAUGUUCAGGAAGAUUGGCCUUUUUAUACGGAUCAAGAAAAAGCAAUGCUUAAACGACGUAAGCCUCAAAACCUAACGCCACCUGGUUCAAGCGAUGGUGGAUCCAGCGGUAGUGGACAAUCGCCUAAUUCGACCCAUCCAGGUUCUCCUUCAACUAUAGCAGCUCCUCCGUCUACUCUACUUGGCCCAAAGAGGCCAGGUUAUUAUCAAGGGAAUGACGGUUUACCUACUAAACGACAGCGUAUAUCGCACUAUCGUAAACCUGACUCAGUUUAUGCAUCAAAUGUAGAUAACACGAGAUCUAAUGUUUCUAGUAGUAUAGGUAGCUGCUUAGACAAAAAACAACAGCGCCCGCAGAAAUUCCAGCACCAACCGCAAAUUCAAUCACACUUACAACAGCCAAAUAGCUAUGUGUCUAUAAAAUCAGAUUUGAUAUCGAGUAGUGAUAGUGACGAUGUUAACACAAAAAUUGUAAAUAAGAUAAUUAAACCAUUAGAUUUGCCACCUACAACUACACCUAGCCAUAUUGUUCAUAAUCAAUCUAAUCCAUCUGAUUAUCAAUAUUUACAACCAAAACCACAACAAGAAAAACGCCUGUACCAUGAUCUACCGAAGGACAAUAAGCAAAGUAUUAAAAAUAUCGAAGAUGAAAACUCCGAUACUUCUCUAAUAGAAUUUGAAACAAUAAAUGUUGGAAAUGUUAAUGCUCCUAUACAUAUAUCCACAGAAACAAUAACUCCUGAUGCGCAAGUUGACAAAGAAAAAGAAAUGGAGCAGUACAGUGAAUCUGAGAUGUGUUUACCUUUUGAAAGUUCAUCUAAUGACAAAUCUUUAAAUAACCUUGCAAAUAGUACAGUUGAAGAAAAUUUUUUAUCUUUUUCUACAUCUUCGUGUAAUCAAAUAUCACGUGUUCCAUCAGAGAGUUUUCAAAAUACCGAAAAUCCUGAUUAUCUUACGUGCUAUACAAAAAUAAGUAGUGCUGAACAAAGAACACGUUACAAGGUAGACUUUUAUGCAGGCUUUAAAGAAUAUAGAAAAUUACUAGUUCAAGUAGUAAAAAUAAAAGAGCAAUUUAUCCAAUUAGAAGAAGAGCUUAAAAACAAACAGAACACAGGCAAUAUUGAAGGCAUCGAGGCUAUUGAACAUCAAAUUAGACAAGAAUAUGCUAAAAGAAAAAGUGUUUACGCUAGGUACUAUUAUUUACACGAUAAAUUGGGCCAUAUAAAAAAACUAGUAUCCGACUAUGACGCACAAAUAGAUGCAACUUCUGUUAGUAAUUUAAAGACCUAUUCCAUGUUUUGCUAAGAUGCCUUAUAUUAUUUGACAAAUUUAUGUGUAUUCUGAAAAAUACGUUUUAGAACAUUUUAAACAAUUAUUAUUCAUUUUAUGCUCAAUAUAUUUGUGUAAUAUUAAAAUAAAAGUAUCAAAAUAAAA